GGACAAAUCGGAUAUUUUCAAAUCCCUGUUCCUCUUCGUUUUUCCUCGCGCAGAACACGGAAAAAAUCUUUCUUGCACUGUGAGGCGAGAGAGAGAGAGAGAGAGAGGUGGGCUAAAGUUGUUGUUUUGAGGUUUUCUUGUGAAAACCCAGAAGCUGAAAUGGCCAAGCGCGAGCUUUCUAGCACUCUGAAGAACUUGAAGUUCAUGCAAAGGGCAGCUGCGAGAGAGGAAAAUACCAAGAAAGAGGAAGAGGUCAAGCCUGAUGGGAAUUUGACUUCCCCUAUUACAGUUAAUAGAAAGUGUGUGGUCAUAGUGGAAGGUGAUCCCCAUCCUGGAGCAAUUAAAGGUCGCAUGUCGUUUCAGAGUUUUAAUCCUUCUAUUGAUAAACUGAGUGAAGCAACAGCAAACCCAGAGUCUGCCACUUCUUCUAGCAGUCAAGGUGGAGGAAUAUCUUUUAGAGAAGGUGGAUCCCCAAUGGAUGAAGCAGGGUGUUCAAACGUGGAUAAAUCGAAUCGUGAGGCUAAUGGAGAUCUUAAAAGAAAACAGUCUGAAGUAGUGUCUGAAACACAAUAUCCCAAUAAAUCACCAAAAGAUGUUCAAAGUAAUGAACAAUCAGCACCAAAUAAUAGUAAAGGCUCCUUCAGGAAACCCAAGGGUCAAAAGCUGGACUGGAGUGUUCUUAGACCGUCAAAGAGUCAACACAAAAGGGCGUGAGCAUAUUAAAUGUUCACAUUCACAAUUGUGCCAAUUUCUUUUUUUAUUUGCUUCUGUCCUAAAAUUUGAAUUUGUAAUCUCCUGUCUUAUGUUUUUAUACUAGUUUUAUUAACCAGUCAUUAAUUUUAGAAGGUUGAAUUUAGUUCGUUUGCCAUUUGGAAUUUUGUGGGUAAUCUUUAUGGAAUUAUGUAAAACUUCCACCUAUUCUACAGUCAAAUUCAGAUACAUGAAUUUUACUAGUUUUUGCUUC